UAACUUACAACCUUAAAUAAUGACUCGUAUUUAAAUGAUAAAGUGCCAUGAGAAAGUGACUCCAACCUCAGGCGGCCAUGCAGGAGGACGCAUCUCAAGAAGCUCUAAAACAAACCAAAAACUGCCUGUUCGGCACCUGCACACCCACACGCUCUCCUGUACUCUGUUCCUGAACUCAUCAGUUAUCAAGGGCGUUGGAGGCUGCGUGAAGCAACCACAGCCUGGGUGGAGUCAGCACCUCUCAAACAAAACACCCAUCAUCAUUUGGCAGCACACUAGAGAAAAUUAUCCCUCAGCGCCAGCACCGUUCCUCCGCUCAUCCCAGAAGAAUCUGACGGACUAAUUUUGGUUUGCAGCUUUGAUAGCUGUAACCAACACACUGGUCAUUACUUAAUCCUCCCUGGCUGCAGGGAGCAUGACAGAAAUACAGAAGUAGCUUCUCUGCAGUGUGCGGUGAGCGUGUGUAUCUUUGUGUGUGUUCAGUUCUUGUUUCACACACUGCCGGUGGGAGUAUGAGGAAGUAGCUGUGACAGCUCUGCUGGAGGUCUUGCAGUGCGAGCGCCUGCUGCUGGUUUCGGCUGUGCCUCCCCUGGGUGAUGGCUGCAGUCUAACGAGGUCGAACCGUGGAUUUUAGCGGUGCGCACACACAGCUGACACACAUUCUCUGGACGGUGGACGCCUGAGGAGGAGAGGCCCACAGGAACAAUGGCGAAGUACCACUGGCAGAGUCAGAAUGUCAAGCAGAGCGGCGUGGACGACAUGGUCCUGCUGUCCAAGAUCACAGAGGACGCCAUCGUGGAAAACCUCAAGAAGAGAUACAUGGACGAUUACAUUUUUACGUACAUCGGCCCCGUGUUGAUAUCGGUGAACCCAUUUAAACAGAUGCCCUACUUCACUGACAGAGAGAUUGAACUCUACCAAGGCGCCGCCCAGUAUGAAAACCCGCCACACAUCUACGCCUUGGCAGACAACAUGUACAGAAACAUGAUGAUCGACGGCGAGAAUCAGUGCGUUAUCAUCAGCGGGGAGAGCGGGGCUGGAAAGACGGUGGCUGCCAAAUACAUCAUGGGUUACAUUUCCAAAGUGUCUGGAGGUGGAUCCAAAGUGCAGCACGUAAAAGACAUCAUCCUACAGUCCAAUCCUCUGCUGGAGGCGUUUGGAAAUGCCAAGACGGUCCGAAACAACAACUCCAGUCGUUUUGGAAAAUACUUUGAGAUUCAGUUCAGCAGAGGUGGGGAACCAGAUGGUGGCAAAAUCUCUAACUUCCUGCUUGAGAAGUCGAGGGUGGUGAGCCAGAAUGAGAGUGAGAGGAACUUCCACAUUUACUACCAGUUGAUAGAGGGCGCCAACGCACAGCAGAAAGAAGGCCUGGGCCUCAUGACUCCAGACUACUACUACUACCUCAACCAGUCUGGGACCUACAAGGUUGACGGGACCAACGACAGCAAAGACUUCUCUGAGACGAUGGAAGCCAUGCAGGUUAUCGGCAUCCCCAGUGACAUCCAGGCUCAGGUGCUGCAGAUCACAGCAGGUAUCCUCCAUCUGGGCAACAUCAGCUUCAUCGAGGCUGGAAACCAGAGCGAGGUGGAAAGCACAGACUUGCUUGCCUUUCCUGCCUACCUGCUGGGAAUCGACCCCACCAGGCUGCAGGACAAGUUGACGAGUCGAAAGAUGGACUCCAAGUGGGGCGGGAAGUCCGAGUCCAUCAACGUAACACUCAACCAGGAGCAGGCGACCUACACGCGCGACGCCUUAGCCAAAGCCCUUUACGCACGUCUCUUUGACUACCUUGUAGAGGCCAUAAAUAAAGCCAUCCAGAAACCUUAUGAAGAGUUCAGCAUCGGUGUGCUUGACAUUUAUGGCUUUGAGAUAUUUCAGAAAAAUGGGUUUGAGCAGUUUUGUAUAAACUUUGUCAAUGAGAAGCUGCAGCAGAUCUUUAUUGAACUCACUUUAAAGGCUGAGCAGGAAGAAUAUGUUCAGGAAGGCAUUAAAUGGACCCCCAUCGAGUAUUUUAACAACAAGAUUGUGUGUGACCUCAUUGAAAAUAAACUGAGCCCUCCUGGCAUCAUGAGCGUCCUGGACGACGUCUGCGCCACGAUGCACGCCAAGGGUGAGGGCGCAGAUGGCACGCUGCUGCAGAAGCUGCAAGCCGCUGUGGGAACCCACGAACAUUUCAACAGCUGGAACUCUGGAUUUGUUAUCCAUCAUUACGCUGGGAAGGUGUCGUAUGAUAUCAACGGAUUCUGUGAGAGAAAUCGAGAUGUCCUCUUCCCUGACCUCAUUGAGCUCAUGCAAAGCAGUGAAUUUAACUUCAUCCGCAGCUUGUUCCCUGAAAACCUCAACACGGAAAAGAAAGGGCGGCCGACCACAGCCAGCUCAAAGAUCAAAAGACAAGCGAAUGAGCUCGUGAGCACUCUGAUGAAAUGCACACCACACUAUAUCCGCUGUAUUAAACCAAAUGAGACGAAAAGGCCGAAAGACUGGGAGGAGAGCAGGGUUAAGCAUCAAGUGGAAUACCUCGGUCUGAGGGAAAACAUUCGUGUGAGAAGAGCUGGAUUUGCUUACCGACGACUCUUCACUAAAUUUCUGCAUAGGUAUGCCAUCCUUACGGCUGAAACAUGGCCGUGUUGGAGGGGACCAGAGCAGCAGGGGGUCCUCCACCUCCUCCGGUCCGUCAACAUGGACACAGACCAGUAUCAGAUGGGACGCACAAAAGUCUUUGUCAAGAACCCAGAAUCGCUGUUUCUUCUUGAGGAGAUGAGAGAAAGGAAGUUUGACACCUUCGCCAGAACCAUUCAGAAGGCCUGGAGACGGUACAACGCCAGGAAGAAGUACGAACAGAUGAGGGAAGAGGCCUCAGACAUCCUGUACAACUCGAAAGAGCGAAGGAAAAACAGCAUCAACAGGAACUUUGUUGGCGACUACCUCGGCCUGGAGCAGAGACCCGAGCUGCGGCAGUUCCUGGCGAAGAGGGAGCGCGUCGACUUUGCUGAUUCGGUCACAAAGUUCGACCGCAGGUUCAAGUCCAUCAAGAGAGACUUGAUCUUGACGCCUAAGGGGAUCUAUCUGAUUGGUCUAGAGAAGGUGAAGAAAGGGCCUGAGAAAGGGCAGAUUAAGGAGGUGUUGAAACGUAAAAUGGAGUUUGCAAACAUCACCGGCGUCUCCCUCAGUUCCAGACAAGAUGAUUUCUUCAUUCUGCACGAGGCCCAGUAUGACAGUCUGCUGGAGUCCAACUUUAAGACGGAGUUUCUCAGUUUGCUCUCUAAACGCUACGAGGAAGUGACCCAGAGAAAGAUGACCAUCUCCUUUUCUGACAGACUGGAGUUCAAAGUGAAGAAGGAGGGCUGGGGCGGAGGAACCUCCAGGGUUGUAGUUUUUCAAAGAGGUCAAGGAGAUUUGGCUCAGCUCAAACCGGGAGGGAAGACUCUCACCAUUUCUGUAGGAGACGGUCUGCCCAAGUCCUCCAAGCCAACCAGGAAGUCUGGUCUAGACGUUCGAGGAGGAGGGAGAAACCACAUAUCCAACAGAGGUGUGACUCUCCUUAACCUGAAUUUAUGUUCUCAUUUGCAUUUACUUUGACAUAUGUUUUCAUUUUGACUUAAUUUACUAAUACCUGGCACCAGAGCUGAAUUCUAUUAUUCUAACAGCUUUAAGCAGAACGAGUUCUUCAGAUGGCACUUCAAAUUCAUAAAAGUUAGAGCUCAAUUUUAAAUGGCUCUUAAAGAUGCACUGAAAAAGUGCAUAAAAAGUUAUCCUACUUAAAUAUAUUGCAUUAAUAUGCAAUAUAUUUAAGUAUAUA